AGCCAGAGCUCGGAGCUGGUACUCCAUGAGCAGCUCCAUGAUGGGGAGAAGCUCCACAUGUGUGUGGAGUGUGGGAAGAGCUUCAGGCGGAACUGCAACCUGAUUGUGCACCAGAGGAUCCACACUGGGGAGAAGCCCUACGAGUGUGGGGAGUGUGGAAAGAGCUUCAGCCAGAGCUCCAGCCUGAUCAAGCAUCAGAGGAUCCACACUGGAGAACGGCCCUUCGAGUGUGGGGAGUGUGGGAAGAGCUUCAGCCUGAGCUCCAACCUGAUCAAGCACCAGAGAACCCACACUGGGGAGAGGCCCUUCGAGUGUGGGGAGUGUGGGAAGAGCUUCUCACAGAGCUCCCACCUGUCCUCGCACAAGAGGACCCACACUGGGGAGAGGCCCUAUGAGUGUUCCAAGUGUGGGAAGGGGUUUCAGAUCAGCUCCCGUCUCAUCAGGCACUAUCAGAGUCACACAGAGGAGAGGCCCUUCCAAUGCCCCGAGUGCGGGAAGGGAUUCAGGCAGAACGCCCACCUCAUCAGGCACCGGCGCAUCCACACUGGGGAGAGGCCCUACGAGUGUCCCCAGUGUGGACAGAGCUUCAGCCAGAGUUCAGAGCUGGUGGUCCAUAAAAAGCUUCAUGAUGGGGAGAAGCCCCACAAGUGCUUGGAGUGUGGGAAGAGCUUUAGGUGGAGCUCCAACCUGAUCAGCCACCAGAUGAUCCACACUGGGGAGUGGCCUUACGAGUGUGGGGAAUGUGGGAAGGGCUUCAGCUACAGAUCCAACCUUGUGACCCACCAACGUCUCCACACUGGAGAGAGGCCCUACGAGUGUCCCCAGUGUCAGAAGAGGUUUCCGAGCAGCUCCAAUCUCCUCCAGCACCAGCGGAUUCACACUGAGGAGAGGCCCUUCCUCUGCCCUGAGUGCGGGAAGGGCUUCAAGCGCAACUGCAACCUCAUCAAGCACUGGCGCAUCCACACUGGGGAGAGGCCCUACCAGUGUGCCACAUGUGGGAAGAGGUUUCAGACAAGCUCCCAUCUCCUCCUGCAUGAGCGGAUUCACACGGAUGAGAGGCCCUUCCACUGCCCCGACUGUGGGAAGGGUUUCAAGCACAACUCCACCCUCAUUACCCACCGACGCAUCCACACAGGGGAGAGGCCCUACAAGUGUCCCCAGUGUGAGAAAAGCUUCACCAGUAGCUCUCACUUGACCAGACACCAACGGACCCACCAGUAAGGGAAGCCCUGCAAAUGCCAAAAAUGCAGGAACAGCUUCAUGCACCACUCCAGCUUCAUCCCCCAUUAGAGGGCCCACAUUGGGAAGAACCCUGGUGAUCCAGUUUCCCUGUGGUCUAUGCUGGAAAAACACCUGUCCCUUUUCCUGCCCUUGCCAAAGACAUGAUGUGGGACGGAAGAACAUGAGGGUCUGGCCAUGGCCGUGUCAUUACAUUCACUCGCACCUCAGAACAUUGCCAGGGGCAGGAAAGGGACUCCCUCUCUCUCCCUGAGGAGAAGGGUGUCCUUUCCAGACAGGGGAAAUUGUGGCCAGGAAGAGCCUGUUGUUGAUGUAUUAGUUUUCCCAGUAAACUGUUUCAUUUAUCCCUUCUGUUAUCAAUAUAAUUUCUUUUUCUGUUUGUUCCUUAUCUCAUUGUUGU